GCACAUUGCUAUGCAGAGCAACACAAAGCAGUGUGCAGGGGCUGACAGGGGAGAGAUUUGUAUUUGCUCGGGAUGGCUGUGCACAGUACAGCCAUCUCGAUGAGUGUGCUUACAGUGAAGCACACACCCCCCCACCCCCUAGUAAAACACUGUCUACAUAUACUUAACCCUUUGAUCACCCCUCAUGUAAACCCAUUCCUGCCCAGUGCCAUUAGUACAGUGUCAGUGCUUUUUUUUUUUUAGCACUGAUCACUGUAUAGGUGUCACUGGGGAUGUCAAUGACACAAGUUAGUUCCCCCCCCAGUGUCAGAAUGUCCACCUCAGUCCCGCUGAAA